AGUCAGUAUUACUCUAGUUACUGUGAAAACUCACCGAUAUUGCGUCCCAACAAAACUUUAAAAUUUCAUUAAAAUCUAAUUUCUGUAAAACAAAAAGUGAAAAUAAUUUGUUUAUUAUACCAGUUUUCUCGUAAUCCAUUAACUAAUCAACAUCAUGUCAGCUUCAAAAGUUUGGUCCAAAUUUUCCGUCAAAAAAGGUGGUGAUACCAUCAAUCUACGUGUAGUGGAUAUGCCUGAAAAUCUUAGUGAUGAAGUCAUGAAUUUCUACCUUAAUUAUUUCACUAAGGAAGACGCUGCCUGCAAAGCAGCUGGAGUUUCAAAAAAUCCAGAAGCAAUUGAAGAAUUGCGUGCUACCAUGUUUGAAUUUGCAAAAGAAAAAGGAUUUCACGCUGUAAUCUGCUGUUUGGAUAACGGUGACGAUCCAAUCAAGGAUUUUAUUGGAGCGUCUAUGAUGGCGUUAGUGUCUAAGGAAGAACCUAUGCCUGAGUUUAAAUUUAAAGCAGAAGAAUUGAACAAAAUGUUUGAAUUAUAUUUCGGACUGGAAGCUUAUUACGACGAAGCUAAAGAAUUUGGUUUGGACAGUUACUUCAGUGACAGAGGACUAUUCGUUCAUCCUGAGUACAGAAACCUGAACAUUGAGCAGGAGCUCCUUAAAGUCAGGCGUCUGAUAUCUAAAGAGCGAGGUAUAUCGUUGGUUGGAACUUGGUUAACUACUCAAGAACUGCAGAAAGCUGCUGAAAGUGAUGGUUGGGAGACAGCGUGUGAGGUCAAAUAUGAAGAACUCGGUCAAAAAUAUGGAGUCAAUUUCGAUGCCGACACUGUUUCUUGCAAAUAUAUGUUUGCUAGAACAAAAUGAAUUAAACAACGUCAAAAUAUUUAAAACAAAAUGUUGUUGUUUGUCGAAAUAUUAAAUAAAUGUUAUU